AAAUAAAAGGAAAAUUUAAUAUAUAAUUUUGCAAAAUCCAGUCUAUGCUUGCCAUUGCGCCUCUGCCGCCUCAAGCUCUACCCCUUUUCGAUCGCAUGCAAUAACAACACUUGGCGAAACCCACUUCAGCCAUGCGAGGAUGCACUUCUUAGCUUAUUGACACGUAUUUGUUCAUGCAUUCAUAUAAUCCAAUCUUCCAACAUCACGCCUUAUCUUUCAUGCAUUUGCUGUCCAAGAACUGAGAAAGUGUCCGAAUAUCAGAAUGCAAGAACUUAAGUUAGGCCUCAACACCUUCUCUCCUACCGAACCCACCCAGAGCUCCGCCACCGAACAUGGAAGGCUGAGGGACAAGAAAGUGGGUGACCUAAUGGUUGGCAAGAGAAGACUAGUAGAAGUUCCUUAUACAGCUUCCUUAGCCCACACAAUGAACACACUGGUCGCCAACCAAGUAGUGGCGGUGCCGGUGGCUGCCCCACCUGGCCAAUGGAUUGGGGCAGGUGGAUCCAUGAUCAUGGAGUCUGAUAAGCAGACGGGGGUUGUACGAAAGCACUACAUAGGGAUGGUUACUAUGCUUGAUAUCUUGGCACAUAUUGCUGGUGAUGAUCAGAUGAACGGUGGUGGUGAUUCUGUAUCUGAUAUUGAAAAGAAGAUGUCUGUCCCAGUUUCUUCCAUCAUAGGGCAUUGCCUUGAAGGUCUCAGUUUGUGGACUUUAAACCCAAGCACCAGCAUCCUAGAUUGUAUGGAAGUAUUUAGCAAAGGAAUCCACCGAGCAUUAGUGCCACUCGACAGCCAGAUGGAGAACAUCUCAGGCGUGGAGCUGGUGGAAUCUGCUCCAAGCUAUCGGAUGCUUACCCAAAUGGAUGUGAUCAAGUUUUUGAAGGAAAAUUAUUCUGAUAUCCAGUUGCAAGGCAUCAUAUCUCGCAGCGUGAGGGAACUAGGUGUAGUAAACCAGAAUGUUUAUGCCAUAACUGGUAAAACCAAAGUAAUAGAUGCUAUCAAGUGCAUGAGAGCUGCCCUGUUGAAUGCUGUUCCUAUAGUCGUAGGCUCCAAUUCCCUUGAAGAAGAUUCCAAGCAGCUUAUAAACGGUAAAGGGAGGAAGCUUAUAGGGACGUUCUCUUCAACAGAUUUGAGGGGUUGCCAUUUAGCUGCGUUAAGGACGUGGUUGUCCCUGAGUGCUCUAGAAUUCACUGAGAUAGUCUCGACUUCGCCAUUAUUCAAUGCGUCGAAUGUUUCGGAAAGGGAACUUGUGGUUUGCCAUCUUGAGUCUCCUCUAGCAGAAGUGAUGGAGAAGGCUGUGACGAAACAUGUGCACAGAGUUUGGGUCGUGGACAGACAUGGUUUUAUGGUAGGACUUGUUUCUCUUACGGACAUGAUCGGAGCGAUAAGGGCUUCACUAAUGUUGGACUCCCGUGUAUCCAUGUAGUAUAAUGUAGACCCUCGCGUGCGUGUUUUUUUCUAAUCAAUAUGUAGUGUGUGUUCUGUUCAAUCCAUAAACUAUUCGAGUUGAAA